GAAAGAAAAAAGAUAGGUUAAUCUAACCGAAAAAGAUUGUAAAUAAACCAUUUUUCUAUUUUACAUUGAAAACACAAACAACAAGUACAAUUCAGGUUGUUAAUAUAAUCGACGAAAAAUUGUUAUACGAAUUUGGAAAUUUUUAACCGCAAAAAUAGUUAAACUAAUCGUUAGAAUUGUAGAACAUAAAUUUAACUACAAAAAAUGGUAUGGCCAACCUGCAAAAUGGUAAAGUUACUAUUCUUAACCACAAAAAUAGUAAAACUAACCGGAUAAAAUUGUAACUCUACUAUCUUGAUUGUUAAUCUAACUGAAAAGAUAGUCUUCACGUAAUUCUCUUCUCUCUUUCUUCCCUCUUCAUGAUGAGAAUAACCACAAAAAUAGUUAAACUAAUCGUUAGAAUUGUAGCACAUAAAUUUAACCACAAAAAAUUGGUAUGGCCAACCUGCAAAAUGGUAAAGUUACUAUUUUUAACCACAGAAAUAGUAAAACUAACCGAAUAAAAUUGUAGCUCUACUAUUUUGAUUGUUAAUCUAACCGAAAAGAGAGUUUAUGCGAUAAGAAUAACGGCACUUUUGAUGCUUUGCUUCUUCUUUUCUUCUUUCAUAUUCAUUUGCAAACUUUUCAUGGACGUUGUUAUUUGCGUAGGUGCAGUGAAGUGAAAUUAAAUUAAUUAAUAUAUUAAAAUUAAGUGUUGAUGAAUCUUAACAAUAGUGAAUUGUUUUCGCUAAAUAUUUUGCGUGCUGUGGAGGCGGAUGAUAUGGAUAAUCCUGAUCCAGAAGACACGGAAUUUUGUAAAUUGAUUUUGGAGUGGGGAUUUUCACAUAAAAUCGCUGAAUUUAAAGCGCAAGCAAUAACCUUGAAAAAUUUGCAAUAUCUGACGGAGUCUGACCUUGCUGAUUUGUUUAAAAACGACACCAUUGGUGCUAGAGCGGAAUUCCGCCAUCAACUCAUAACUUGGAGGAAAACAAACGUAAGUAUUGUGAAUCCCUCUGUGAUCAUUUCAUGAAGAAUCUUUUUUGUUGCAAAAUUCCUUCAGGGGUAUGGUAGCGUGUCGACGUGCGAUACAGCGUCCGCCAAUUCUGGU